AUGGAUUUCCUGGUAUUUAGAGGUGAAUCUGAUGUGGUGGCUCAGGUGGAUGUGUCGGUACAUUCCACGAUGUUUCCACUGCAUUCGUGGAUCGCUGGCGUUCACCGCGACGUUCACGGCAUGUACGUGCAGCCACCUUGUUCUUUCCUCGCCUGCGAAUCUUGCGAACUGCUUUUGAUGCUCCGUAAGGCUCUCGUUUUUCAGCACCUUGUGAAGCUCUCCGAGAGUCAUCUCGGAUAUUUCACGAGCCGACAGCGGUAGACGGUUAGCAGCAGCCAGCUGUUCGUCCUUCGACUGACGUCCACGACGUCGUGGCACACUUGGUAGACCAGCAGUGGCAGUAAUAGCAUUAUCACCAUUUGAUCCACAAACGGAUCGCGAAUACAAAUUUGUUUCUUCAACCUCUCUUGGUGCUAAUUUGCCAUAAUAUCUGCUUGCAUGCGGACUGUAGUUUUCAGCCUCGCUAUGGUAAUGUGGAGAAGCAGCCGUCGAGGAUGACGAACACACGGAUGACGACUCGUUGCUGAAUGACGUUGUCCUUGCCGAGUAGUAUGGGUCAUAUAAGGACUGACCAACCCUAUUCUCGUCGCGACGAUUGCUCUGAACGCUGAUGUGAUAUUGAUGAUCAUAUUGGCUUCCUGUGGACACCACCGGUACUCCAGUAUCAUUUUGGAAGGACAUAUAGCCAUUAUUGGGAUAAACUGA